AUGCGACACUCCAUGAGGGUGGAGGACUUUUCAAAACUAUCCCAUUCCGAAAUUGAGAGCAAAUUUUCAAAACAAUUUCAAACAAAAUUCUUUACAGAUUAUUUGAAUCAAAUCAAACGAUCCAAAUUAAUUAGCAUGGAUAAUGGAUCUGGAAAAAUUGUGAGCUUUUUCACAUACUCUCCUGGAAAUGAUGAUGUCGUGCAUUUUGCAUUUGUGAAUGAGAAAAACGCAAUGUUGAAUAUUGAUAACAAGUUUAAUCAGGCAAAACAGUUCAAACGAUGUUAUUUUAGUUAUUAUGGUUAUUAUGAUGGUUGGGGAGUUUAUGACACAAAUGUCUGUAAAGAAGGUCAUGAAUGGUUUUGUGAUCAAUUCAAGUCAUAUAUCAAAGUGAUGGGAAGAGGAUUGUUCUUGGCCAUGAUGGAAUUUAUAUGUUUGUCGAAUUCUGCCCAAUUCUACAUGUAUGAAAUGAGGACGAGCGUUAGUUUACAAGCUCUCUGUGACCAACCCCAUCCCAUGCAAAAACAAGCUCUUCACAUUCAUCACACUCUUCUCAAGAAUCCAAAUUCACUCCUGGAAAAAGCGUUUGAACACCCGCUCAAAGAUUCCCAUUUAUGGUAUCGUUUUUUGAAUUCUGGAUAUACCAUCGAUGUGAAAACUCUUGAAAACAUCACUUUUGGAAAGCAUUUAGAUUGUGAACAUUUACAAUUUUUCUUUGAUUAUUGUGAAAAACAUGGCAUGAAAGAGUCUGUUGCAGUGACGGCAACUCGUUCUCGUGUGUUUUCACUUCUCACGGAAGGAAAAACUUUUAUUGAAUUAUUACACAAGAAUCAAGUGCUAUCUGAACUGUUUUAA